AUGGGAAUGCGUAGCAACACGGGCUUAUUCUUCUCACAGCCGCAACCAAUCAUCGAUGAUGAUGGCCACACCGAUGAUGAGUUUGAUGUGGAUAAGCUUGAGAAGAGGAUAUGGAGGCAAGGAAUGCGCCUACAACGUCUUAAGGAACGUAGCAAGAAUAAAGAAAGAGAUGAUGAGCAACUGAUCUCGAAGUGCAUGUUUAAGAUGAUGGAAGUGUGUAACGCACAAGGCUUUGUUUACGGGAUCAUUCCCCAGAACGGGAAACCUAUAAUAAGUGCUUCUCAUAAUCUUCAAGAAUGGUGGAAAGAUAAGGUCAGGUUUGACCUUAAUGGUCCAAUUGCUAUAGCAAAGCACCAAGAAUCAAAUAAUAUGGUUUGUGAGAGUAAUGAAGAGGGUAACAAUAUUGCAAAUCAACUAUCUCAAAAAUUGCUAAGAGAUCUUCAAGAUCCGACUCUUGGAUGGCUUUUAUCAGCAUUGAUGCCACAUUGUGAUCCUCCACAAAGACGGUUUCCUUUUGAGAAAAGAGUUAGACCGCCAUGGUGGCCUACAGGGGAAGAGUAUUGGUGGCCAAAAGAUCAAGGUCCGGCACCGCCUUAUAAAAAGCCUCACGAUCUGAAGAAGUCAUGGAAAAUUGGUGUGUUGACUUCAGUUAUCAAGCAUUUGUCUCCUGGUACAAUGCGUGAGAUUGUUACUCAAACUAAAAGUUUGUGGAAUAAGAUGACUACUAAAGAAAAGGACAUUUGGUUUAACGUAAUUGACCAAGAAGAGGCCUCAAAACAUGAGAACAUGUUAAAUACUUCAAACUUUGAGAUUAAUGUUGGAUUUCAAGACAUGAAUUCAAGAGAAAACAACCAACCGAUUUGUCGAAACCGAAAUGGCCUUUUUGCAUCAUCAAAGUUCCAUGUGAUGCCUAUGCACGACAGAAACAUUAAUGGGAACCAAUCUUGUUUAGUGGAGGGAAAUCAAAGCGUGAACCUUUAG